AUGAGAGCAGUCCUGGAUGGAAAGCCGUAUCCUGAUGGUGUGGGGAAGAACAAGAAGGAAGCCAAACAUAACGCGGCUAAAAAUGCACUCAGUGUUUUGUUUGGACAGCCAGUUGACUCUCCUGAAGAAAGUUCUACAAAGACAAACUUCAUUGGAAUCGUCAACCACUACUGUCAGAAAAAAACCCUAUUCCCUGUCUACGACUUAGUGGACAUGAGGGGCCCACCUCACGACCGUCAUGAUCGACAAAAAGGACUACCCUGGGGUGAGGGUAAAACCAUCCAGGAGGCCAAACAAAAUGCAGCUCAGCUGGCCUGGUCUGCUCUUCAAGAGCAGUCAGACUGGGACAGCAAGGUGUCCGUCAGAUCAACAGUGUCCGAAGAUGGUGCACAAUCUAUGAUGUCGGAGUUAUCAAUUACCUGGGAGCCCCUCGACCCAUCACCACAAAGGCCCUCAGUGAACACAUUCACUGAUUCAUCGGUCCCUUCAAAUGCUCAGAUGCCCUUAAGGUCAGCUGCUUCUGAAGAUGAUCCACCAACUGAGUUGUCAACACCAACUUCACUGGAGUCGCUUGCAUCAUCACAGAGCACAUCAAGUGGUUUGGGAAAACUCCCUGAUUCAUCAAAGUCUUCGAAGGAUCAGGAUGCUGUCAAAGACAGGAAUAUGGAAAAUAGUCAGAAUGCGACCCCAUCAAGGUUUACUUCAGAGUUUGAUUCUACUGAACCUCUUGGCAGUGGAUCCUUUGGUCAAGUUUACAAAGCAAGAGAUAAGCUGGGCACAAACUACGCUGUAAAGAUUGUUCGAUUUGAGGAGAAAUCUCUUCGAGAAGUGAAGACAUUAUCAGAACUCCUCCACCAUAAUAUCGUCAGAUACUACACAUUUUGGAUGGAGGAUUCAGGAUACAAAGGUGACAACAACAGCUCUCCCCAGUCGACAGAUAGAUCAUCAUACCUCUAUAUCCAGAUGGAGUUAUGUGACACCAAAACACUCAGAGAGUGGAUUAAAGAGAAGAACGCUCAGCCUGUGCAAGACUCCAAGAGAAGAGAAGAAAGUCUAGAAAAGUUUCAACAAAUACUCAGUGGAGUCGAAUAUAUUCACUCAAUGAAGCACAUCCACAGAGACCUCAAGCCUGAAAACAUCCUGUUUGGACUACAUGGAAAAGUGAAGAUCGGAGAUUUUGGUCUGGUCACCAGAGAUGAUGAUGGAGAUGCUCUCAUUGACAGAACAGAGAACAGAGGAACCCCAAUCUACAGGGCUCCUGAACAAUGGAAGGAGAAGACCUAUGACCGCAAAGUGGACAUAUUUCCUCUGGGGCUGAUAUAUUUGGAACUCCUUUGGCAACUCCCUGCUGACGACAAACAACGGAACAUUGUUUUGUAUGAUGCCAGAGGUCAGAAACUCCCUCAAGACUUUUCACUGACUUUUCCCAAAGAGAGCCAAUUCAUAAAGUCAAUGCUGUGUGAGAAGCCAGCAGACCGACCUGAAGCAAGUCAACUGAAGACAGAGCUGGAGACGUGGGCGCAGACAAUCAACGCACAAAAUGUGCCUCAGGAAAAUGCAGCUGUGGUAAACUCACAAAGCAUGUCUGAGGAAAGUGACAUCUGUCUCUUGUGAUGUCUGUGAUCUAAUGAAAUGAUGGGAUUACUGGUACUAAUAUAUUUUUGGGGGGAAAUGGUUAAUGUACUGCACUUAAGAUGGCACUUAUCAUGACCUCGUAUUCAUACACACACACACACACACACACACACACACACACACACACACCACAGGCAUGGAUGGCCGUUCAGUGCUCUGUGUUUAACUCAAAGCACUUCAACAAGACUGGAAAAAAAAUCAGAUAUCAAAAAAAUCUGACUUUCAUUAUGUGGUUCUAAUCCAUUCCUGAUCCCCAACUUUUGGGGCUUGAGGGGUCUUGUUGCUGUUUUUGUUGUGUGUGUGUGUGUGUGUUUUUAAUUUUUCAUGCCAUUUCUUAUGUUUAUGGUUGUGUUUUUUACAUUUUCUUGUAAGUUGUUUUUAAGGUAGACAAUAUGUUAAUUGUCACUUUUUACAAUCUCUUUGAACAAAGGUACAACUUUUUAAAAAACUUUUUAUGAGUGCUAUAAUGAUACUGUUGUAUGUUCUUGUAAAAUCGAGGGAACAAAGGGGAAAAAAGACACUUACUACAGACAUUUACUAUGCAAUUACUCGGCAACCUAAAAUGGGGGCUUAUUAUGGGGUUUCUCAUCAGGAACUGAAACGUGAAAUCAAAAUUUAUCAUGAUCACGUUUUUGUUCUAAAUAAUCACGUGCUCUCUGUGUCCUCGGGUUUACAUUUUAUGCUGUGCUGGAUGGUUAAUGGUUAAAUGUAUUUAAAGUGAUUUCGCCAUUCCUUAAGUUUAAAAAUAAAAUAAUGGGGUCACCCACAGGAAAACAGAA